AUGUGGUAUGCCAGACUUGCCUUUGCCGCCUUCUUGGCGUUCGCACUGCUCGGCAUAGUAUCGGCACAUGACGAUGUCUCGGGCGCUGUUCCUGAUCCGUCUCCAACAGUGCAUAUCUGCGACGAUCCCACGACUACCCCACCUACAAGUCGUACUUCUGAACUAAAACAAGUGCUAACACUCAACGAAAAUGAAGAAAAUAUUUCCUUUAUGUGCACCUCAUCGCAAGGCAAAACAGCGGACCUGUUGCCGGACGCACAAGGCGAGCAUAUCUUCGAUAAUGAAUCGUGCACCCAUACGCUCAAAUUGCAAGACUUGUUUCCUAACGCCACCCUGAAGACACCACAGCCGCAUCCAAAACCGGGUAGCACUGAGCCAGUCUACACACUCAAUGUGCCAUUACAGAACCGCACGAGCCGUGACAUUUGGUACAAGUGCGUCAUCAAAGACAAAGGGAUCGAGCACGACGGUGGCAGAUCUCUCGAUCUACAAAAGCAGGGCAAGGAAUGCAAAAUCAAGAUCACUGUCCGAGCGACACCGAAUCAAGAGCAGACAAGACCUGAACAAGAAAUCCCGCAGAACGGCGACCAGACAGGACCGAAAGUCACAGAGUGUCCGGCCGAUUCCGUUACGGCACGUGUAGCCCCGGGCACUCCAUUCAAGUUCAAAUGUGGGGGUGGAAUGGUGUUGAAGCCAGAAUCCGCCAAUGAAGUCUUCGACGACACAGACGGGCACUGCAAGAAGUCGGUUGCUUUGACAAGUCUCGUCCCGGGGGCUUCUCUGGAGCGUCCGGACGCAGGCAAACUUGAGAGUGUCUACACGCUUAGUUAUACAGCAGCCCCGGAGAACGACACCGCCCUCUGCUACAGGUGUGUGAAGCCGACCAAUUCAUCGCAUGGCACCCGCUUGAGAUCCACGGACAACGAAACGAAAGAGGAGCAGUGUCUCCUCAAACUCUCGAUUCGUGGGUCAUCAGGGGCGUUGCCCUCUGCUGCCCUCAUGAGCGAAGCUGCAGCCUUAGCGCUGGGUGGCACGGUUCUCGCCGUCGCCUAUGAAUAUUAG